AUUAGGAACACGAAGAAGAAGUCAUGUGAUUUUUUUCCCGUCUCGUUUCCUGAUUAGUGAGCGUUAUCUUUUUGCUUUGUUCAUAGAAGGCGUGGAGCGUCCUCGGCAUCAGGACAUCAUGGCUGAUGAUCUGAAGCGAUAUCUUUACAAACAGCUGCAGAGCAUUGAAGGCCUUCAUGCUAUUGUAGUGACAGACAGGGACGGUGUCCCAAUUAUUAAAGUUGCCAAUGACAACGCCCCGGUUCACGCUCUGAGACCUGGCUUCCUGUCGACCUUCGCUCUGGCCACAGAUCAGGGCAGCAAGCUGGGCCUCUCCAAAAACAAGAGCAUCAUCUGCUACUAUAACACCUACCAGAUUGUGCAGUUCAACCGGCUGCCACUGGUCAUCAGCUUCAUUGCCAGCUGCAGUGCCAACACAGGUCUCAUCAUGAGCCUGGAGAAAGAACUGGUUCCACUAAUAGAGGAGCUAAGGCAAGUGGUGGAAGUGACUUAAGCUGUGACGGACGCACUGAUCCCAUCCUGCUCUCUGGCAUCGGAGGCAGCACCUGCACAUAUCUGCUCUUCUCUGCACCUUUGGAUGCUUCUCUGCUUUCUGAAUUGUGGUCUCAUUAAAUGUUUCAUUCUAAACAACUAAAA